GGCGGUGUUUUUUUACGACAAUUUCAGCAAUUCACGGCAGGCUUCAGCAGAUUCGCAGUACUAUGUUUCCAAAAUAAAAGUAUGGAAUUUGUGUGUACAAUAUGAAACAUCAACAAUACGCAUUUUAUGGGCAUAUGAAUACUGACACGAUUGAUACAUCAGAACAUUUUAAUAAUUCCAGGCUAAAUGAACAUUUUGCUCCAUCAUAUCAUUGGGCCGCCGUUUUCGACCGUAUCCUAGCAACAGUAAACAUGUUUUGCAAGCGACAAGUCAAAUGACAAGUUUGACAACAUGUCUGAAAUUGAGGUGAUAGAGUCAAUAAAUUGGGACAGCGCUGAGCUCUCAUCCACUGGUCUGCAGCAAGAUGAUGAUUGCGAGGCUAAUCUUGAUCAAGAGGAGCCCCAGCAGAGGCUCCUCUCCUCCGAGGCCCAGACCGUCUCAAACAUACUGGAGAACUGUAUCAGUCAAAUCGAGAUAGCAGCAUCUCUAUCUGCCGUCCGCCAAUCGGUCUGCUCGUGUGAUGUUGUCCAAGAGGAGUUCAAUAGGAUCCUUGAGGUGCAUCAGAUGUUAACCAAAAGCCUGGAAACAUCAAAUGACCUCACAGAGCUCAUAGGUGGACCGGCUGGAGAAGAAAGUGCUAGAAGGAAAAGGAAGGCUCUACUCGAGAGAGAGUUCAAGUACUCUGUUCGGGAUUUGCUCAGGUUUUUUCGCACCUACCCCGAUAUCUUUAUGGGUUUGAGACUAGAGGUUGGCAUGGAAGUUGGGGAGACUGAGUACACACUCAUCGUAGGGCUGAAGAAAUUUCAUGUACAUAUGAUAGAGAGGUUGCAGACCACCCCAGAAGAGGAAAUACGGUUAGCUCUUGAGACAGUGUCACCUGACACAGAACUAAUUGUCAAACUAGAACAAACAGCUGCAGCUAUAAUACAAAAAGAUGUUGAGAUUUCCGAGAAGAAAGAUGACAUCGAAACUUUGGAGCGCCUUCUUAAGGAGAACCAGAUAGAAGUAGUCGACUGGAAGCUUUUCGCCAAUGAACAAUGCCAGUCCAUUAUCAAGGCUUCUCAGGAGAAGCAAGCCAGCAUCCAGCAGGAAAUAGACCGACUCAACAUUCGAAUCAACACUUCGACACUUAAAUUCAGAGAAGUGGAGAAAACACUUCAAGAGAUAAAUGAAAAUGUGGAGAUGGAAAUUGAGUACUUGAUCCAAAAGUUUGAUGACGAAAUACAAGAGCAUCAGACUGAUCUGGAGUUAUGUCAGUUGGAUGUUGAGAGGGAGGAAGCGGAACGUGAAAGACUAGAGAAACCUUAUGCUGAUCUGGAGAAGGAGUACGACUACAUCAUGGAAAAGCGUCGGAUUGCAGAUGAGAAACGAGUUGCUGCGCUUAAGCUUAAGGUUGCUCUUUAUUGUCAGUCAUGGUGGAGGGGCUACUGUACUCGCAAAUUCUUGAUCAGUAAUCCCAUCACGCCUCCUAAGAAGGGCAAAAAGGGCAAAGGCAAGGGUAAGGGCAAAGGCAAAGGCAAGAAGAAAAAAUAGACCAAAUUUAAAAGUCCGAAAAAUACACAGUACGCAAUCUUAGAAAUAUCUGGAAUAUUUGUUGGCUUCUUCUUAGUCCUACAGAAUGUUGUCAAAAGAUGAUCACAGAUUUUACACCAGACGCCCUUCCUUACAAAACUCCCUCUUCUUUUUUCAAAGCUAAUCCAGCCACCAUAAAUGUUUCCUAAGAAUCCACAGCUACACUCGUAAAAACUGCUCGGUCAAAAACAACCCAAUUUAGGUUAAAAAUUUAGCCAACUUCCUGGGUCGCUCUAAUUUUUUAUCUAAAUUGGGUUGUUGUUAUUGUUUUUUGUUUUUUUUACUUUGUAUAUUUGGAGAGAGUCAUGCUGGAACAUCAAUUGGACAUGGGUCCACCGGUUGUUGUUUUCUUCAACACAUGAUGGCAGCAUGGGACUGCUCAAUGGUGACAUCCAGCGUUUGCCUCCUGGGAGUCAUGCUCUGCUCCAGAUUCAGUACAGAACCUGAUGUUGACGAAUGUUAAAAUGUAUCUAUCGAAAUUUAACAUCUAAAAAUGUCCGCCUGAUCUUUAUUUGGGCCCAGCUGUCCUCAUGGUGGCUCUCCAUUUGAAGGAGGGUCAAAGAUCACGUCGCAACAGGAGUCAUUCAAAAUGAAUGAAUGCCCUGGGGAAAAGUGAUAUAUUUCGAUUUCUGUUGAGUUAACUUCGUUUCUAUCUCACAAUGUAUCUUUCCUAGGUGAUGUUGGUACAUUUUUCUGAAAAAUUAAGAAUUGAAAAUGUUUUUGAUAUUAAAAACAGUUUUAUGUGACUCCAUCUCCAACAUGUACAGCAAGUCAUUCACUAAGAUCUUAAAACAUGAAUACUGUAUUCACAUUUUAGAUCCAAAUCAAAUAAAGUCCUUUAAUGUUUUGUUCAUGGAA